ACUGAAAAGAAGUGAAUACACGUCACAUUUCAUUGAUGGGUUGGAUUGUUGAUGUUUCUGUUCUGUUUGGUCUGACGUGUCGCCAUAAGUAAAAUGUUAACAAAAUUCGAAACUAAAUCUGCUCGAGUUAAAGGGCUAAGUUUUCACCCUAAGAGACCAUGGAUUUUAACCAGUUUACACAAUGGAAUCAUUCAACUAUGGGAUUAUCGUAUGUGCACUUUGUUGGACAAAUUUGAUGAACAUGAUGGGCCGGUUAGAGGGAUUUGUUUCCACAACCAGCAGCCCCUCUUCGUUUCUGGUGGAGAUGACUACAAAAUAAAAGUGUGGAAUUAUAAACAAAGAAGAUGCAUUUUUACUUUGAUGGGUCAUCUCGAUUACAUUCGCACAACCUAUUUUCAUCAUGAGUAUCCCUGGAUUUUAAGUGCGUCAGAUGAUCAAACCAUUAGAGUGUGGAAUUGGCAGUCACGUACAUGUAUUUGUGUUCUUACUGGCCACAAUCAUUAUGUUAUGUCUGCACAAUUUCACCCAACAGAAGAUUUGGUUGUAUCGGCAUCUUUGGAUCAAACUGUGCGAGUUUGGGAUAUAUCUGGUUUAAGAAAGAAGAAUGUUGCCCCAGGACCUGGGGGGCUGGAAGAGCAUCUCAAAAAUCCCUCACAUACUGAUUUGUUUGGAACGUCCGAUGCUGUUGUGAAGCAUGUUUUGGAAGGUCAUGAUCGAGGUGUUAAUUGGGCAGCUUUUCACAGUACCAUGCCUUUGAUUGUAUCGGGAGCAGAUGACCGCCAAGUGAAACUAUGGAGAAUGAAUGAUUCAAAAGCUUGGGAAGUCGAUACAUGCCGAGGACAUUACAAUAAUGUUUCUUGUGUUUUAUUUCACCCUAGGAUUGAAAUUAUGAUGAGGAAAAUCAAUUUAUCGGAAAANCAUGACAGAUUUUGGAUAAUGACUGCCCACCCCAGUCUCAACUUAUUUGCUGCUGGUCACGAUGGCGGAAUGAUAAUCUUCAAGCUGGAACGAGAACGGCCAUCAUUUGCUGUUCACAACAACUUGCUCUACUACGUAAAAGAUCGCUAUUUGAGGCGUUUGGAUUUCGGCCUCUCCAAAGACGUCUGUCUUCUUCAACUCAGAGGUGGAAAUCGAAGCCCAGUCUUUAGCUUGUCUUAUAAUCAUGUUGAAAAUGCUGUUCUUAUUUGCACCCGUACCAACAAUGUGGAUAACAGUACUUAUGAUUUAUACAUGAUUCCAAAAGAAGUUGAUUCACAGCAAACUGAAGCAUCAGAUUGUAAACGUUCUUCUGGACUUACUGCUGUUUGGAUCGCAAGGAACAGAUUUGCUGUUUUGGAUCGCACUCAUACAUUAGUUAUCAAGAACAUGAAGAAUGAAGUGACUAAAAAAGUUCAGGCUCCUAAUUGUGAUGAAAUAUUUUAUGCUGGCACCGGAAUGCUACUUCUCAGAGACUCAGAUGGCCUCACUCUUUUUGAUGUCCAACAAAACAGAUUGCUUGCCAACGUAAAGUCUGCUCGAGUGAAAUAUGUGCACUGGAGCAGUGAUAUGAGCCAUGUUGCUUUCUUCAGCAAGCAUACCCUUACCAUGUGCAACCGUCGUCUCGAUGUUUUGUGUACCAUUCAGGAGAACUGCAGAUUAAAAAGUGGUUCAUGGGAUGAUAACAAUGUUUUUAUUUACACAACAUCCAAUCACAUUAAAUAUGCACUAACAAAUGGUGACCACGGCAUCAUUCGAACGUUGGAUGUACCAAUCUACAUAACUAAAGUGAAAGAUUCUAAUGUGUAUUGUUUGGAUAGAGAAUGCAGACCCAGAGUUUUGACUAUUGAUCCCACAGAAUACAAAUUCAAACUUGCACUUGUGAAUCGAAAAUAUGAAGAGGUUUUACAUAUGGUAAGGAAUGCCAAAUUAGUUGGACAGUCCAUCAUUGCAUAUCUUCAAAAGAAAGGCUAUCCAGAAGUUGCCUUGCAUUUUGUAAAAGAUGAAAAAACUAGAUUUGCUCUUGCAUUAGAGUGUGGUAAUAUUAUGGUUGCUCUUGAUGCUGCUAGGAUCCUGGAUGAUAAAGCAUGCUGGGAUAAGCUUGGUGAAGCUGCUCUACUUCAUGGCAACCAUCAGGUAGUUGAAAUGGCAUACCAAAGAACUAAAAAUUUUGACAAAUUAUCAUUCCUGUAUCUAAUUACUGGAAACUUGGAAAAAUUGAGGAAGAUGAUGAAGAUAGCAGAAAUUCGAAAGGAUACUAGCGGACAGUUUCAGAAUGCUUUAUAUCUUGGAGAUGUUGCUGAGCGAGUUAAGAUAUUGAAGACUUGUGGGCAGACUUCAGUAGCCUAUCUGUGUGCUGUCACACAUGGCUUAGAAGAAGAAGUGGAAUCCUUGAAAGAGAGUAUGGAAAAAUCUGAUAUCACCUUACCUCAGCCAGAUCCAAAUGCAGUUCUUCUUCAACCGCCUUGCCCCAUCAACAAAUCUGAAGAGAACUGGCCAUUACUGAGUGUUUCAAAAGGAUUCUUUGAUGGUGCUGUUGGAACUCGUAAAACGGCUCUCGCAGCAGAAAUGCCUGAUGAUAACCUAGUUGAAGACAGCAUGCUGAGAGGUUGGGGCGAUGAUGCUGAUCUCAUAUUGGAUGAGGAUGGAAAUGUUGAUUCCAUUGUUGAAAGUGACACCAAAGAAGGUGGAUGGGACAUUGAAGAUGAAGAUUUAGAGCUUCCUCCUGAAUUGGAAACUAGUGCUGGAACAACAUCUUCAGGGGAGGAAGGUUACUUUGUUGCUCCCACUCAAGGUGUUGCACCCACCCAAACUUGGGUCAACAACUCCAAACUACCCGUCGACCACAUCCUUGCUGGAUCCUUUGAAACCGCUUUCCGUCUGCUGCACGACCAAAUCGGUGUUGUCAACUUUGAACCUUACAAGCAAGCUUUUAUGAUCACAUAUACUGGUAGUCACACUUCCUAUCAAGCUACAUCUAUACUUCCGUCACUCAAUAGCUACAUGCUUCGCAAUUGGAAUGAACCUAGCGGAGUGAAGAAUGGUGUUCCAGCGGUUGCAUUGAAGUUGACAACCCUAAUUGAUAGGCUCCAAUCUUGCUAUCAGUUGACAACUUCUGGCAAGUUUCAAGAAGCGAUAGAGAGAUUUAGAACACUGCUGUUGAGCAUCCCACUGCUAUUGGUGGAAAGUAAGCAGGAGAUAUCAGAAGCCCAGCAACUCUUAGAAAUAUGCCGAGAAUACGUCCUCGGUUUGUCGCUCGAACUUGAACGCAAGGGACUGCCGAAAGACACCUUAGAUCAACAAAAGCGAACUUGCGAGAUGGCUGCUUAUUUUACCCACUGUAAGCUAGAAGCUGUGCAUCAGAUAUUGACCCUUCGUACUGCGGUCAAUCUGUUUUUCAAGUUGAAAAAUUAUAAGACAGCUGGAUCGUUUGCUCGUAGGCUGUUAGAACUGGGCCCCAGAGCUGAAGUUGCCCAACAAACGCGUAAGAUCCUACAAGCUUGUGAGAAGAAUCCUGUUGACCAGCACCAACUGUUAUACGAUGAGCAUAACCCCUUCGCAAUUUGUGGUCAUUCCUACAAGCCUAUUUAUCGAGGAAAACCUGAAGUUAAGUGUCCAUUGUGUCAAUCAAGUUAUUUCCCUGAAUAUAAGGGAAGUGUCUGUAAAGUUUGCAGUGUUGCUGAAGUUGGUAAAGACACCAUUGGACUCAGAAUUAGUCCAUUACAAUUCCGUUAAAAGUUUUACUAAUUUUGCUGUAUUAGGAUAAAAAAAAUAAUUUGUGGGACUUGUUAAGAAAUGACUGUAUGUGUAUAUAUAUAUUUUCUCUAAAUGAUCAUUGUAUUUAAGUGCUGUAUUCCAAUCAUUUGUUAUUAUCAUGUCUUAUUUUUUGUGUUUUGACUUAAAAAUAAAAACUUUAUUCUAGAAUUA